AUCCUUCUUUUCUUUUCUAAUUCCUUCCAAUCUUCUCCUUCAUAUCUCCCAUAUUAUUCGCUACCAAACCAGCUGAACUACUCACACACACACACACACACAUAUAUAUAUAUAUAUACACACACCUUACAGAAACACUAUAGUAUAAACCAUACAUAAAUACAAUAUUAUUACUUUGAGCUUUAGCAGCAGAAACAGAGAAGGAAGAAAAGAAGAAAAAACAUGGGAGUCGAUUAUUACAAGAUUUUGCAAGUGGACAAGAACGCCAAGGACGAGGAUCUGAAGAAGGCGUACAGAAAGCUGGCCAUGAAAUGGCACCCUGAUAAGAACCCCAACAACAAGAAUGAAGCCGAGAACAAGUUCAAACAAAUCUCUGAGGCCUACGAGGUUCUGAGUGAUCCUCAGAAGAGAGCAAUCUAUGAUCAAUACGGCGAAGAAGGUCUGAAAGGACAAGUGCCACCCCCUGAUGCUGGAGGUCCUGGUGGGGCUACCUUUUUCCAAACUGGGGAUGGUCCAAACGUGUUUAGAUUCAACCCCAGAAACGCCAAUGACAUUUUCACGGAGUUUUUCGGGCACUCAAGCCCAUUCGGGGGAAUGGCUGGAGGUGUUGGCAUGAGGGACGCGAGAUCUUUUGGAGGUAUGUUUGGUAAUGACGUAUUUGCUUCGUUUGGGGAAAGUAGGCCAAUGAGUCAAGCUCCACGCAAGGCUCCUCCAAUAGAGAAUACACUGCCAUGUAGUUUGGAGGAGCUCUAUAAGGGAACUACUAAAAAGAUGAAGAUUUCAAGAGAAAUUAUGGAUGCAAGUGGGAAGGCCAUGCCAGUGGAAGAAAUCUUAACAAUAGAAGUGAAACCUGGCUGGAAAAAGGGAACAAAAAUCACCUUCCCGGAGAAAGGACACGAGCAACCGAACGUAAUACCGGCAGAUCUAGUAUUCAUAAUUGAUGAGAAACCACACAGCACAUUUACAAGGGAUGGUAAUGACUUGGUGGUCACUCAGAGAAUACCCCUUGCAGAAGCUCUAACAGGCUAUACUGUUCAGCUCACCACAUUGGACGGUAGGAAUCUGACCAUUCCCAUCAACAAUGUGAUUCGUCCAAACUAUGAGGAGGUGGUGCCAAAAGAAGGUAUGCCUAUCCCAAAGGAUCCCUCAAAAAGGGGCAAUUUAAGGAUCAAGUUCAACAUCAAAUUCCCAACUAGGUUAACUUCUGAGCAGAAGUCUGGAAUUAAGAAGCUUUUGGCGUCUUAAAUUGGAUUGGAUUGUGGUGAAGAAUGGGCGUUUAUGAAUGGAGAAUGCUUUGUGAGUAUUCUUUUUGAGGUGCCUUGAAGUUGUAUCAUUGCUUUGUCAUGUAAGGCUUGGUGCAUUGGUAGUUUAGAGAAAUAAAAUUUGGCAAAUUUACCCGAAACUGAAGUGGUGAAUAGCUUUCUUCUU